CAAGAGGACGCUGCGAAGCCUAAAGGACGCGACUGGUGACCACUCGAACUCAUCUGCCAUGGCUCCCAAGACCGCCCCGAAGGCUGAUGCCAAACCCAAAGCGAAAGCCGACGCCAAGGGCAAGGCCAAGGCCAAGAAGGAAGAGACUCAGGAGGAGGACAAGAACAAGGUGCCCCAGCCGGACCGGACCGAGUUCGAUGCCAAGGUCCAGGUGAUUCAGGAUGCGAUCGACAAGCUGCAGAAGAAGCAGAAGGAGAUGUCGGAGAAGAUCCAGGCGCGGUCCGGGGGCAAGGAGGAGUUCUUCGCCAAGAAGGCGGAGCUCAGGGCCCAGCUGGACGAGCUCACCGGCAAGAUGGACGAGCUGCAGGGGCGGCGGGACGAGAUCGAGAAGGCGGUGGGCAGCAAGCGCGAGGAGGGCCGCCAGAUGCGCACCCAGCUGAACACCAUGAAGAAGUCCAUCGGCUACACCUCGGAGCAGGACAUCGACAACCGCAUCGCCAGCAUCGAGUUCCAGCUCUGCACGGAGUCCGUACCCUUGAAGGAGGAGAAGAAGCUGCUGGACGAGAUCAAGAUGUUGAAGAAGAAUCGCUCCAAGGUGAAUCAGGUCCAGCAGAUGGAGCAGAACCUCUCCAACUUUGACCCCGGCAUGUCCAUGAAGGACCAGAAGGCCGUCAUCAACACGGAGAUGACCUCCUUCCGCGAGGAGAAGAAGAAGAUCCAGGCUCAGAUGGCGGAGCUCCAGGAGAGCCGCCGGGCUCAGCUGGGGGACCUCCCGGAGAUCAUGGAGAAGCGGGAUGCCAUUGGCAAGGAGAUCCAGGAGAAGAUCAAGGAGCGCAACGAGCUCCGCGACGAGUUCCGCCAGAAGGAGCGGGAGUACAACGCCUACCAGUCGGAGCUGAAGAAGGCGCGCCAGGAGAAGAUCGCGGCGGAGCGGGCGGAGCGGCAGAAGGAGUACGACCUGCGCCGCAAGCAGCGCGAGGCCGAGAAGUUGGAUGACCAGCCCUACAUCUCCGAGAUCACGCUCAUCGAGCAGACCAUCCACUUCUGCAAGACUCUGGUCCAGGCGAAGACGGAGGACAAGAAGGACGAGAAGAAGGAGGUCGUGCACAACAACCCCGAGGGCUCUGAGGUGCUUCUCCGCAAAGAGGACAGAGAGGAGGAGUAUUACUUCGCGCCCACCAAGGGCAAGAAGACCAAGGCCAAGAAGAGCGCGACGGAGCCCACGGCGAAGUCCAUCAAGCACGACGCCAAGACCUUCCGCUUGUUCGACCAGCUGAAGCUGGAUGCUCCCAUGUCCACGGAGGAGGUGCCUGCUCUGCUCGAGAAGCUCGAGGGUCAGCUUGAGGAGUACAAGGCCAAGGUCAAGGAGUGGGAGGAGAAGCGCGAAGACAUGAAGCGAGCGAUCCUGGAGGGUCUCAACGAGAUCGAGGAGAAGAAGAAGGAGGAUGAAGAGACCAAGGAAGAGAAGGAAGAGGCCAAGGAGGAAGAGGCCAAGGAAGAGUGAUGUGAGUGCGAGUUCGAGUGGUUUGAACCAAGGGGGGCUGGUGGAUUGAUGAAUUCACAGACAGCGCCAAGGGCGCUGGCCCCUUCACAGUCGAUCCUUGAGGCCAAGCAUAGA